AUGGCCACCUGUCCAAAACCACCAGCCCAACCGCUGUUGGUCAUCCUCGGCUCAACAGGGACUGGCAAGUCCGAGCUAGCUGUUGAGCUUGCGAAACGAUUCCGAGGCGAGGUCAUCAACGCCGAUGCCAUGCAAAUGUACAAUGGCCUUCCCAUCAUGACCAACAAGAUGAGCGUGGCAGAGCAACAGGGUAUCCCGCAUCACCUUCUCGGAAAUAUUGCGCCAACGGAGGAAUCAUGGACUGUCGACGGGUUUCAAAAAGAGGUCUCCAAGAUUCUAGGGGAAAUCCGCGACAGAGGUAAUUUGCCUAUCGUGGUCGGUGGGACGGCGUACUAUGUCGACGCGCUACUCUUUGACAAUACGACACUGCACGAGGAUGUUCCACAAACAGAUGAGCCCCUGCCCAUUCUCGAUGAGCCCACUGAGGUGCUCUUUGCCGAGCUGCAAAAGGUGGACCCUGUCAUGGCGGAGCGAUGGCACCCCAACGACCGGCGGAAGAUCUUACGGUCUCUGGAGAUUUAUCUGCGGACAGGCAGGCCCGCAUCCGAACUUUAUGCGGAACAGAAGCAGAAGCGCAGCGCGAGCCGAGACUCGCCGUGGGAGAACUUGCUAUUUUGGGUGUACUCGGAAGGAGACGUGCUCAAGGAGAGGCUGGACAGACGGGUGGACAAGAUGCUUGACGCCGGGUUGAUCGAUGAAGCUCGUCAAUUGCUCCAGCUCAAGCGAGAGGAAGAAGCCGCUGGGAGGCCGGUGGAUCAGACAAGGGGCAUUUGGCAGGUGCUCGGGUACAAACAGCUCGAGCCAUACUUGCUCGCCCUCGAAGGCGACACCGAUCCUGUCGAGCUGGAAAGGAUCAAGGCGAGUGGUAUCGAGGAUCUCAAGACUGGGACGCGGCGCUACGCCAACUAUCAGAACAAGUGGACGCGCCGCAAAAAGCUCCCUCACCUCAAGGAAGAAGGGCCAGAGGCACUGAACAGCCUGUACCUUCUGGACAGCACCACGGUGGCGAAGUUUGGGGAGGACGUGGUCGAACCUGCGAGUAGGCUGACGGCGCAGUUCUUGAAGGGCGAGGCGCGCGAGUUGCCCGUCAACCUGUCCGACCCGGCGCGUGAGGUCCUCACAGCGGCCCAUGCUAGCGAGCCAGACGUGCAUCGCAAACAACACUGCGAUAUUUGCAACCUGACAAUCGCUUCGGAGAAGCAAUGGGCACUCCAUCUGCACAGUCGCCAACACAGGGCGCGACUCAAGAAGAAAAAGGGGCUGGCGUUGGUUCCUGUGAGCGUAAGUCGGCCUGACUCGGAGUUUUCUGAGCCUGAGAUUUCUUCCAUAUUUGACAGCACUAUAUAA